GACCAUUUCCAGAUCUUGAGAGCAAUUGGCAAGGGCAGUUUUGGGAAGGUCUGCAUUGUACAGAAGAAAGACUCAAAGAAGAUGUACGCCAUGAAAUACAUGAACAAGCAGCAGUGUGUAGAGCGCAAUGAAGUGCGGAAUGUAUUUAAAGAAUUGCAGGUUAUGCAGGUUCUAGAGCACCCAUUUCUUGUCAAUUUAUGGUAUUCAUUUCAGGAUGAGGAGGAUAUGUUCAUGGUGGUGGACCUCCUUCUGGGUGGAGACCUUCGUUAUCAUCUGCAACAGAAUGUUCACUUUAAGGAGGAAACAGUGAAGCAUUAUAUUUGUGAGCUGGCUCUGGCAUUGGAUUAUCUACAGAGCAGAUACAUCAUUCACAGGGACAUUAAACCUGACAACAUCCUUCUUGACGAUCAUGGGCAUGUGCACAUCACUGACUUCAACAUUGCAGCAUUGGUGAAAGAGGAGAAGCAAGCCACCUCUAUUGCAGGCACAAAACCGUACAUGGCUCCCGAAAUAUUUCAUCCCUUUGUAAAUGGACGUGGUGGCUAUCUCUUUGCUGUGGACUGGUGGUCUCUUGGAAUCACGGCCUAUGAGCUCCUCAAAGGACAGAGACCAUAUGAAAUCCGUUCCAGCACUUCAGUUAAUGAAGCCCUUCACAUAUUCAACUCUGUCACCAUUAACUAUCCCUCGAGCUGGUCCAGUGGAUUGGUGUCACUGCUUCGGAAGUUGCUUAGGGUUAGCUCAACCCAGCGCCUCUCCAGCCUGGCUGAUAUGCAAGGCUCUCCUUACCUCGCAGACAUCAACUGGGAUGCUGUCCUGGAGAAGAAGCUCACAGCAGGUUUUAUUCCCAAUAAAGGACAACUAAACUGUGACCCUACAUUUGAACUCGAGGAAAUGAUUCUGGAGUCUAAGCCCCUUCACAAGAAGAAAAAGCGUCUGGCAAAAAAGUUGAAGGAACACAGAAAAGACAACACGUCACUGGUCAGUAAAAACAUUUCCCACCCCACUGGGGUCUAG